CAGCUGAGAGAAGAUCAGUCAAACAGAACAGAACUAAACCUUGUAGAUACCAUGAUCUCUGUCUACUCUGUCCUGUACACUCUGGUGCUGUUCUCAGAGCUGAGCAGCCACUAUGUCACUGUAGCAAUGCCUGCAGCUAAAGUAGAAGACGGAGUGAUGGAGCAGGAUGGCCUCUUCCUGGAGGAUGAGCCCGCCUUGGUUCCCGCUGCCUACAGACGGAACUUUGUGCUGGACACCAACAAGAGGGAUGAAGACGGGCGUCCGAAAAUCAUCAUCGUCUCCGACAUGGGGCUGAGAGGGCAGAGUAUUCGUGGGCUGAACCCAGCCUUCGCCCGCAGCUUUCCUCUGCUCACAGACCGAAGCGUGAGUCGCACCCCCGCUGAGCACAUUUUGAAAAUUGACCGCCGAAACACUGACCUUGACAUUAUGCGAUGUAUGAUAGGAAGAGUGUACCGACCCUGCUGGGAAGCAUAAAGGCUCCCCCCACCCCCCCGAGCUGCCCUCCUGCACUGAAAGUGCUGUACAAUUUAUUCCUUAUAUGUGUUACACUGAAAUACAUUCCCUUGUUGAAAAUGAGAGCUCAAACAUGUAAAACAAAAUAAAAGUUUAUUAAAAGU